UUAUUGGAUACACGAGGCUUGGAAAACACAUACUAUAUAUAUGCAUGUAUGUAUGCAUGACAAUUUAAAAAGAAUGUUAAAUAAAUAGGUCAAUGCAUUUUUAUCUACGUGCUUUAAAAUGCAUUCAACGGACCAGGUAGCAGGUAGACAGCAAAUCAUUAUUUUGAAAUAACAGUUCACAAUUCUGCAUGACGAUUAAUGCAAAAGACUUCACAGAAUGAAGAUUGGACUGUGAAACAACAUUGCUAAUGUUCAAGGAUACUCAAUUAUUUUCACUAAUAUGAGUGUGAUUUUCCUUCUUCUACUUUCGUUACUGGUGGAAGUGCUACAAGCAUCUGACCCCUGCCCAGCGUCACACGGAACAGUAAAGUAUGUAGAAGGAUGUCCUAAAACAUCGACUGAGUGGCAUGAGCGGUCAAAACAGAAAAAAUGUGCAGACAUUAAUCAACCCUGUACCGAAAGACAAAAGUUUAGAUAUCACUGUUUGAUCAACGAAUUCUUAAAUGCAACUGUUGAAGUGUGUGCUCCAGUAAUUAAUAUAUUAGGAUCUAAAUGUGCUGAAUAUAAUACAAUUGGAAGAAGAAUACAGGACAACGCCGAGCUCCCAUGUAAAAAGUGUCCAUUUAGUUAUGACUCAGAUUUUGCACAUGAAUAUCAAGAGUGCUAUGCAGGAAUACCAAGUUCUAGGAGUUUCCAGGAGAUGGACACCGACACUUGUCCGGUGGGAUGGCUCAUCGUUGCCAUAAUAUCAAUCGUUUUCAACGUCAUCCUCCUUGGGGCAGGUGUAGUGGUAUACUUGCUAAGGAAAAGCACGAAGAAAGAAAUUAUGGGUUUACAAGAACUACCACCGGAACUUACUACAUCAGAAAGCCCUGACGUUCGUGAGAAUGACACGCAGAGAGAAUCAGAUCAUCUCCUCCCUGAAACAGCUCCCACGAAAGAAGAAAGAAACACCUGCUUUGCUGCCAUACAAAUAGGUGAAAGAUACUGCGGAUUUGCCUUUUCCAAAGGUGAUGACCCGGCACGAGUACAAUUAAGUACUGCAGGAUCUCGAACAACUACGAGACUGUUACUGCACAAAGGAAAAGGAAAAGGAAGCAAGGUUGAUGUAGAAAUGUUUGGCUACGACGCUCGUGAGACGCACAUUACUAAGGGAAAUUCGUCCAGCUACAUCUACUUUGAUGAAUUAAUUUUCAUAGAAAAGGAUGACAAAAUGUACAUCAAAGACAGUAAAGGAAAUGAGCACGAUGCAGAACAAAUAUACCAGGAAUUCAUUAAAUGCCUUGUAAAGCACGUAAAAGAUGAAGUUUCGAAGGACGUGGCCAUUUCUAACACCGAAUUUAUUUUUACUGUGCCCGAUCAUUGGGAUGAAAAGAAAAUUUCACUCAUCAUGAAGAUAAUCAAAGAGAAUGUUGAGGGUGGAGCUCGGGCAGAGAUACUGAAUGCUUGCUUGGCUGUGUCACCCUUCUUACACGAAGUAAAGGAAGAAGUCCUGUGUCAUAACUUCAAUGUAAAAAACUUGUCGUUUUUUACUGGGACUGAAUAUGCAGUUUUGAAUAUAGGAUCCUAUUGUUGUAAUAUCAGCAUUUUGGAAGUGAAACAGGAAGGAUAUCAGACUGAUAAGAUAGUGCAAAAGUCUUUCGAAAAGUGGAAUAGUAAUUCACCGGAAGAAUGGUUUUUGAAAUUUCUCUCGGAUAUAGUUGGCAAUGAUGUAAUGAAAACCACAAGGGAAAAGUUUCCCAAAAUUUACUUUUCAAUGUUACGUGACUUUGAAGUCUGGAAAGAAAAUGUAGCUAGUAAUAGAAGAGGCCAUGGGAUUGACAUAUCUAUUUUGCCAGAUUUUGUGGAAACAGUUGAGAACGAUAAACGUUCAACCUUGGGAUCUCUGAUCAAAAUUUCCGCUUACGCAGAUUCAAUGAAAUUGACGACAGAAGGUGGGUCGCAUAAACUAAGUGUGGACAAGAAAGUGAUCAUACAAUGUUUUUCUGAACUUGCAAAACGAACGUCAAUGCUGGUGGAAAAACAUAUCCUCAACAGACCUGACGUGAAAUGUGUCUGCAUGACAGGUGUUUACUCAAAAGUACAAGUGGUUCAGGAUUCUAUGAAGAAAUGUUUCGACCGACGAACUGUCGUAAUUCCAUCCAUCCCAGAAUUAGUCGUUGGAAAAGGAGCUGCCUAUCAUAGGUAUACAUUGUAUGCUAAUAAUGUAAUGGGGUGAAGGUGCUGAAGAAGUGAAGAAAACCAAACUUUACUUUAAAUCUUGUGAUUUGUAUAACAGUGAACUUGUGACUUGUAUAUCAGUGAACUUGUGACUUGUAUAUCAGUGAACUUGUGACUUGUAUAUCAGUGAACUUGUGACUUGUAUAUCAGUGAACAUGUGACUUGUAUAUCGUAUAUCAGUGAGCUUGUGACUUGUAUAUCAGUGAGUUUGUGACUUGUAUAUCAGUGAACUUGUGACUUGUAUAUCAAUAUAAACCCAUGCAUUAUAGAAGCUAAAGCAUUUCUGUACAUACUUUACAAAAGUCUGUAUUAAAAGGAGAAUAUUUACAUUCCCAA